GCAUCACCACACCCUGUGUGUCUGCCCGUCCUGUGGGCACCGAGGUCCCUCCCUAUGCACUGCUAGAGCCAGAGACGGGAGACGCCAUGACCCCCGCCCUCACGGCCCUGCUCUGUCUCGGGCUGAGUGUGGGCCCCAGGACCCGAGUGCAGGCAGGGACCCUCCCCAAACCCACCAUCUGGGCUGAGCCAGGCUCUGUGAUCCCCUGGAGGACACCUGUGACCAUCUGGUGUCAGGGGAGCCUGGAGGCCCAGGAGUACCGCCUAUAUAAAGAGGGAAACUCAGGGACCUGGGACAGAUGGAAGCCACUGGAGCCCGGGAACAAGGCCAAGUUCUCCAUCAGAUACAUGACAGAUGCAUAUGCAGGACGGUAUCUCUGUUACUGUCUCAGUCCCACUGGCUGGUCAGAGCCCAGUGACCCCCUGGAGCUGGUGGUGACAGAAACGAUCUUGCAUCUCGGGGGGGAGGACGGCUGAGAGUCCAGCAGAGACACCUGGGGGCCACAACGCUUCAGGAGC